CGACCACCGAACCGUCAUCACGUACUUUCGCGCAGUGUAGUAUGUGCAUAAUCGUAUUUUAGGUGGCUCCCGCGAUACCGGUUUUCAAGCUGCGUACGGGUUGCGAGCAAAUACACAUUUGAAUAUCAAAUGCCCGAAAUGUAAUUAAGGAUAAAUAAGUCCUUCAUUAACGGCGUGUGAACCUUUUCACGUUGGAUAGCAGAAAUAUUUUGAGCUACUGCAAUUUUUAAUCUUUAGAAUAAACGAAAAAUGACUGCGAGAAACCUCACUCCCCAGCAGGGACUUGGCUUCUUCGGACUCCUAAUCCUGCUCUGUUCGGCGGUUUUGGGCAAGUCGCAAAUGUGCGAAGUGGAAACCGGUCAAACGAAUAUCAUUCUGGAUAUCGAAGAAAGCCGUGAGUCUUUUAUUGGACAGCCAACCACUCCGCCAGAGCUUCCAAUUUUCGGCGAUCCGGAGACGGAAAUCGCUUUGAAUUUGGUCUUUCCGAAAGGCCAGCCGAUAUUUCAGUUAAACGGCAAGAAACUACAACUACUGCAGCCCCUGGAUCGAGAUGAGGAAAAUCUCAGUCACAUUGUCUUUCAGGUUUCCUGCACCAUUAGAUCCACGAACAAAAAGCGCACCAUUCCCAUUAUUGUUCGGGUGUCGGACAUAAAUGACAAUGCGCCGCGUUUCAUGAACACGCCCUACGAGGUUACCGUUCCCGAGAGCACACCGGUGGGAACCACUAUUUUUCGAAACAUUCAGGCCCUCGAUAAGGACGCAGGUGUCAACGGACUGGUUGAGUAUUUUAUAGCCGAGGGAAGUGCAAACUCGACAGAUAUUGAAAAGUAUAGUACGGAUGGCUAUGGCACCUUUGCCAUAUCAUUUCCACACCAGGGUCAGGUCACUGUUGCCAAGACUUUGGACUUUGAGAAAAUACAAACCUAUUAUCUCACAAUUGUGGCUUCGGAUCGGGCGCGCAAUACCGCAGAUCGCCUUUCAUCGACCACAACAUUGACAGUCAAUAUAGCCGAUUCAAACGAUUUGGAUCCAUCGUUUAUAUAUAGCGGAUGUGCCUCCCUUGAUGGGGCCUGCAUAAAUCCAGAGUAUUCUGCAUCCGUGCCAGCAGGUUCCUUGCUAGGAGUACUUACUGUUCUUCCCGAAAGGAUUCAGGCAGUGGAUCUUGACACCAUCAAUUCCCCAAUACGAUAUAGUUUUGCAAGUGGUAUGCCAGGAAAUUACGCAGAUUAUUUCCAGAUUGAUGAGAAUACAGGAGUGCUGAAGCAAACCAAAGCUAUUGAUACUUCGACGGCGAAAAAGUAUGAUAUAAUAGUGAAAGCAGAGGAGGUUUCCCCAGGACCACAACGAUUCACGACAGCAAAGCUGGCCAUUUCCGUUAAGCCAGUGGAUGCCAAUCCCCCCGUAAUAUCAUCCUCUCAAACUGAGGGCUACGUGGAUGAGAACUCGCCCAUCGGAACUAGGGUGUUGGACUUGAACGGAAACCCUAUAUCAUUCAAAACCACAGAUGCCGACCUGAGUGACACCGAUCCGAAGCCAGACUAUAUAUACGAACUGACCACGCCGUCGUUCAAUGUGACUAGCGAUGGGAUACUGAUUGUGAACGAGGAUAACCUUGAUCGCGACCCUCCUGCGCCAGGACGUUUCAAGUUUCAAGUGGUGGCCCGAGAACCACGAACCAAUGCGGCCAGUGCUCCACUGAGUCUCACGGUCCACCUACGGGACGUGAACGACAAUGCCCCCAAGCUGGCCAUGGUGCCACCGAUCUCCAUUACGGCUGGGGAUCAGAGCGAAAGUCGGCUGGUCACCCAGGUCAUCGCCACUGACAACGAUGAGGGUCCAAAUGCCGUGGUGACCUACUCCAUUUACCAUGUCUCCAACAAUGGCAUUCAAAAGUUCACAAUCAACGAGACGACGGGUGAGAUCAAGACCCAAGGACGUUUGCUGGCCGGUGAACAAUAUAGCAUUACAGUGCAGGCCACCGAUAUCGGGGGAUUAUCCUCGCAGGCGAUCGUCGAGGUGAGUGUGACCCCGGGACCGAACACAAAGCCACCGCGCUUCCAGAAACCCAUCUACGAGGUUCAGGUCAGCGAGGGUGCGGAGAUCAACUCCACGGUUACGGUGGUUCACGCCGAGGAUCCGGAAAACGAUGCAGUUGUCUACUCCAUAAUAUCGGGCAAUGAUCUGCGGCAAUUCGCAGUGGGUCAGGAAAGCGGCGUUAUCAUAGUCAUCCGAAAGUUGGACAGAGAGAGUUUGACCCGCUACCAACUGAUCCUGAGGGCAGAGGACACUGGUGGUCUCUCAAGCAGUGCCACCGUAAAUAUCAAGGUGACGGAUAUCAAUGAUAAGAACCCGGAAUUCGAUGCAUCUACCCUGCCAUAUGUCUUCCAAGUGGACGAGGGCAAAGCUCAGGCCUCCGUGGGAGUUGUUCACGCCACCGACGCCGAUGAAGGUAUCAAUGCUGAGAUUACCUACUCCAUACCCACGGACAUACCGUUCACCAUUAAUGCCACUUCUGGGGAGAUACUGACCGCCAAGGAACUGGACUACGAGCAGUUGAACGAGUACAAGUUUGUGGUCACCGCCAAGGAUGGUGCUCCUGAUGCCCGACUAGGAACGGCUAGUGUUACGGUGAAGGUACUAGAUCUCCCAGAUGAGGUGCCAAAGUUCACUGAUGCCCGUAUUGAUGUGCACAUUCCGGAAAAUGAGGAAAACUUCCUGGUGGCCACUGUACAGGCCUUCGACCCCGAUACUGUUCCGGAAAUAACCUAUGUCCUUCGCAAGGGCAAUGCGGAACUUUUCAGGGUCUCGGACAAAACUGGAGAAGUAAGGACGAUCAAGGGAUUGGAUUAUGAAAGCCAGAAGCAACACCAGCUGACCAUUGGAACUAUUGAGAACGAUGGCGACGGCCCCGGAGAUACAGUUCAAUUAGUAGUAGAUGUAGAGGAUCGCAACGACUUACCCCCGAGAUUCUUAACCGUUCCCGAUCCCGUGACCGUAAAUGAUGACCAGAGCAUAGGAACCAUCAUAGCCACUCUGCCAGCGAUCGAUGGGGAUGGUACUUCGCCGGGAAAUGUGGUUCGCUACGAGAUUGUGGGUCGUGGCAAGGCCCCCAAGUACUUCCAAGUGGAUCCGGAUACAGGGGCGAUUCGGAUAAGAGAUGAACUGCGCAAAGAAGAGGAUACGGAGUACCAGGUGGACAUCAGGGCAUACGAUUUGGGUGAACCCCAGCUGAGUUCGGUGGCUCCCCUGCGAGUGGAUGUACAUCACCUUUUGUCCAACGGCAAUAACGAAAUUAAAUUGGACAAUAAGCUGGAAAGCGGAUUGGUUAUGAGUAGUGAAAGUAUAGGCUUGGCCUUCAGCGAUGAUAGCUACACCACCAGUGUGCCAGAGUCAAUGGAAACAAAUAGCACCCUCAAACUCAUUCAAAUAGUGAAUUCAAAGACAUCAACCGAUGGGCCACCGGCUUUCAAGUGCGAAUUUGUCCGCGGAAACGAAGAGGGAAUCUUCAAUUUAAGUUCUGCUGAUCAUGGGUGUAACUUGUUGCUCAUCCAACCACUGGACUUUGAGAACAAGACCUCGUACACCCUUCAGUUGCGCCUAACAUCCCAUCGUUAUUUUAUCAACCCACAAAAAGACACCACCACCGUGGAGAUAAUAGUUCAGGAUGAGAACGAUAAUGCCCCAGAGUUCGAGUUUAAUAGGCUACGCGGUCAACAAGACACUUUCUACACGGUGGUAACCGAAGAAAUGGAUGUUGACACAACCAUUUUGCAGGUGCGAGCCACAGAUCGUGAUUCAGGUAAAUUUGGAACCGUUCGAUACACUCUCUACGAUGAUGACGAAAACCGGGUUAAUAUGCCCACUAGCUUUUUCGUGAUGUCUGAAGAUACUGGAGUUCUGCGCACUGCAAGGCAUUUCAAAAACGAAAACGACUUUCCGAUGACAUUUUUGGUGGAGGCUCGUGAUAGCGAUGCCCAAGAACAGGGAUCUCAUCGCACGAGAGCCCGCAUCGUUGUCAAUAAAUUGGCGGACAUAAAUCGAAUGGCAUUAUCAUUCCCGAACUCGGCACCCAGCGAUCUUCGUAACUACUACACGGAACUGGAAGAACUGCUGGACAAGAAAACCGGACUAGUCAGCGGCAUUGAACGAAUGAGCAGUCAGAAGUAUCUGGCCAAGAAUGGAACGGUGAUCGAGAACCCAGCCGCAACGGAUAUAUGGUUCUAUCUUAUCGAUCCGAAGACAGAGCUGUUGGUGAGCCGUAAAGAUAGCAUUGUGGAGACCACUUUAUUGCAACCAGCUUCCCGAUCCGAGCUAAAUAUUGCCUUACCAAGGGCCACCGCCGACAAUAUUUCAUUUCCCCUUGAAAGAAAAGAACAGGUUCAUAAGGUUAAAGCCGCUGUGGCCAUCGAUAAUGAAGUCUUUCCCUUCACUCUUAUUGCCAUAUCACUUGUUAUACUUAUUCUUGGCACAAUCGGCAUCAUCUAUAUAUGCAUUUCUUGGUCAAAAUACAAAAACUUUAAGCAACGCAUGCGACAGUACUCCUCUACGAAUCCAACCCGCUACGAUCCUGUGAUCGUUAACCAGCAGGCCUCGAAUGCCAGCGAAACCAUAGCCAACAUGAAGGAGUACGAGACCCAGAUGCUGGCGAUGGCAGUGCCACCGGAUGUGGAUGACGAUCUCCAGCUGGACUUUAGUGCCAAGAACCAUGCCUUCUCGCUGGACAACGUCAGCUACAUAACGCACAAGGAGAACACCAAUGGCGGUGGUCAGUCUAGUCCAUCUCACUCGGAUGCCACGACGGCUACCAUUGCCACUCUUCGUCGGCACAAGAAUCUCAACAACGCCAACAUGAACAACAAUCUGGCCAUAAAUAACAGACAGAACACCUUCAAUCGGACUCUGGAAAUGAACACUCGCAACAAUGCCAACCCACUGGGAUCCCCUCCGAAUGGAGGCGCCCUUUCAGGCACCCUCACUUUGGGUCGCAUCAAGCACCAGAACAGUAACCAUUAUCAGAACGGCGCUUACAACAUAGAUCCCACUGGACCCAACAAUAUGGCCAAUGCUAAAAAUAAUGCCUACAGCACGAUGGGUAGGCGGGGAAACACAUUCUGCGACGUGGGAUUGCUCAAUGGCAAUGGUGAGCUGAUGAAUGCCACGCUGGGUCGAAAUGGACAGCUCAACAAUCGACUUUAUGGUGGAGAAGUGCCCAUCACAAAUCCGCUUUUUCAGAGAUCCAGUUCUGAUCACAACCACUUAAGCAGCACAAACGAAAACGUUUCCUUUGGCAAAAGGGACUAUGGCCAAAUAGGCUUUUCCUAUCUGAACGAUUUGGAUCGUUCAGAGGUAGAGACUACAACGGAGCUGUAGGGAAAUGAUUAAGAAAACUGGUUUCAACUUUUAACAGACUUUGUUAAUAUAUUUAGCUGCCAAUUUAUAAUUUUAAUAGUGCAUUUUAACAACGAGAGCGGUUGCCAUCAAUCUAUGAUCAUAGCAUAUGCAAUCUGUAAAUAUUUGAGUAGAGAUACUGAAUGGAGGAACUGAUAACUGAUAUAUUUAACUGUGCUUUAAGAUCAAAUAAUUACAGUCAUUACUUUUAAGCAAACAGAGUGCAUAUUUUUUAUUUUCUAAGAAUCUGCAAAAGCUAUGCAUUUUCUCUGUAAAAUGUGAAUUGUUAAAUAUAUACAUGCAUAAAUGUAAAACAAAUAUUAAGUUGUAUAAAUUAUAAAACGCCAAUAAAUGUAAAUAAAUAAUUAC